GAACACCGAGCAACUUAGGUAGGAUUUGAGCAAGAGCUGUAUAGGGGAACAUCAGAUCAUGUAUAACCAACAGACCUACCCUUCCUUUACCCACAACCCAGCCCUGAUGCCAGAUGGCAGCGGACAGUAUAACUUGGGCACCUACACCGGCAUGGCCAGGCACCCCCACCAAGCUCAAGCAUUCUUUCCUUUCUCUGGGGUGAAAUCGGACUAUGGGGACCUUGGGGGGCAAACUACUAGCGUGGGUGAUACUUCUGCCUGGAACCCCCUAACUUCUCUGGAUUCUGCCAACCAGUUGGGCAUCUCCGGCCAAGGGAACCCGUUUAAGAACUUAAAAAGGGAGAGAGAAGAUGAUGAGGAGAAAUCAGAAUCUCCUGAGCCCAAAUGCAGCCCACCGUCUCUUCCACCCGCCUAUUACACCCAUGCGUGGAAUCCCACCACCACCUUCUGGUCUCAGGUCUCCUCAAGUGGGACCACGGUCGUGUCCAAGCCUUUACCCACCCCACUCCAGCCCGGUGAUAAAUGUGACCCCGUGGAGGCAAAUAAAAUUUUUACCAGUAGCCCCGACAAGUCAGGAGAGAGUGGGAUCUCCAGCUUGGACAACAGUCGCUGUAGCAGCGCCACCAGCAGCUCAUCUGGUGGGACCAACGUGGGGACCCCUAGAAGCCUUUCCAGGGGAGCUAGUGAUGGGCUGAGCAGUGACAGUGAGGAGGAAGCCCCUAAUUCUGGGGAGAUGGAGCAGUUUGCCAAGGAUCUGAAGCACAAACGGAUCACAAUGGGCUACACUCAGGCGGAUGUUGGCUACGCUCUAGGAGUGCUUUUUGGUAAAACAUUCAGCCAGACCACCAUCUGCCGAUUCGAGUCCCUGCAGCUCUCCUUCAAGAACAUGUGCAAGCUGAAACCUCUGCUGCGGAGUUGGCUCCAUGAGGUUGAAAACAAUGAAAACCUCCAAGAAAUCAUCAGCCGAGGGCAGAUAAUUCCUCAGGUUCAGAAGAGAAAGCACAGGACCAGUAUCGAGAACAACGUGAAAUGCACCUUGGAGAACUAUUUCAUGCAGUGCUCAAAGCCAAGUGCCCAGGAGAUCGCCCAGAUUGCGAGAGAGCUGAACAUGGAGAAAGACGUGGUGAGAGUCUGGUUCUGCAACCGGCGGCAGAAGGGCAAGCGCCAGGUGUACCCCUAUAUUAGGGAGAAUGGCGGGGAGCCUUAUGACGCCCCCCAAACCUUGACACCCCCUUCUCAAGGUCCUUUUCCAUUACCCCAAGUGAUGCCCUCACAAGUUUUUCCCACGGUCCCACUGGGUGCCAACCCUACGAUCUACGUUCCGACGUAUCACAAAAACGACAUGUUCCCCCAGGCAAUGCAUCAUGGGAUUGGCAUGGGUAACCAAGGCAACUAGACUUCAGUGUGAUAGGUUACCUCUUACCUGUCUGUCCGUCUUUACGUUAUAGUUCUUUCUCUGAUAAGGUGUGAGUGUUACUAUAGGAAACAAUGUGUAUUGCGAGCAGUACAGCAGUUCUAGGUGCUGAUACAAAGUAUCAGGCUUUACUUUCCCUUUAAUUUGUGUGAAUUUCACCAGGAACUAGAGCAGAAUACUAUAGGCUUAUAGUUCAUUCAAUCUGCCCCCCAGUUGACUUUACUGCUGAUAUGUCUCUGUCUGGAGCUGAUAUGAGGUUUUUAGGUUACCCCCCCAUCAGCUUGGUCUGUACCCCCAACUUUCUCUUCCCCCCGUGGUUCUCCUGAGCCCCCCUUAUAUAGAUAUAUAUUGUAUUUACUGUCCUAGUAGCUGCAUUAGACUGUAACUUAUUUGCCCCGUCUCCUAGAGAAGUUAAUAUAUGUCCCUCGGACACGUGACCUCGAUUUGCACUAGUGUUCAUUCCGGCUUGUGAAUCGCUCUGUGGAAGCAGUGAAGCCCCCCAACACCUGACUGCCUGGGAUUCCCAUCCCCCGAGGAGCAAGUGAUCUGAAUGGGGGGCACUAACCCACCAACACUUCUAUUUGCUAAACUAAGCUGCAAACCCAGAGAGCACCCCCUCACCUCUUGUGAAUGGACAGAAAUCUUUAUUUGGGGUCCUAAAUUGCCCCGUUGCACCCCCAAACUUUUACCAUUGAUCUCUUUUAACUGUGUCGUAAAUACCCCCAAUUGCCCCUUUUUCCCCCAAAGAGAUCAUAGAGAAAUGCCCUUUCCUAAAAUCUCCAACCUCUUUCUACCAUUUACAUAAAUACAUUUUCCCUUUAGAUUCUCAUUUCCUUCCCUUUAAUUUCUUUUCUCGUUUUGUUUUGUUUUUUUGUCCCAAUUUCACAUUUUUUCUUCAAUGUGUGUCUUCCAGUGUUACUGUGAAUUUCCCAAAUAUGUCCUGUGACAUCCCACGUGUAAUGGAAUUUACUCAGGAAAAUAAACAAUGACUUGUUUUCU